CUCUGUUCCCCUCCAUAGGUAGUUACCCUCUGGUACCGUGCACCGGAAGUGCUGCUACAGUCGACCUACGGUAGUCCUGUGGACAUGUGGAGCAUUGGCUGCAUCUUUGCAGAGAUGUUUCGAAGGAAGCCUCUCUUCUGUGGCAACUCUGAAGCUGACCAGCUGGGCAAGAUUUUUGAUCUAAUUGGACUCCCAUCUGAGGAAGACUGGCCUCUAGACGUUUCUCUGCCACGCUGUGCGUUUGCUGCUCGCCUCCUGCAACCUCUUGAGAAAUUCGUACCAGAAAUUGAGCUCCCAGGAGCUCAGCUGCUUUUGGAAAUGCUGACCUUCAACCCUCACAAGCGCAUCUCUGCCUUCCAGGCACUGCAUCACGAGUACUUUCAAGACAAAAGGGCCGUGGAUGGGUAGCAUCUCUGCUGAGUUAUGUCUUGAGGACUGCACAGAAGAUCUUUGUGUGUGGGGGUGUGAGGAUAAUAUUGUGCCCCACUAAGGGGUUCUGUCUCUACGUCUCCUGGCUGUGCUGGGAAUUAUGGGUGGGCAAGGGAAAGAUUGCUGCCAGCACACAUUUGAGAAAAGGUGUGUGUUGCAGGAAGUGCAAUGUUCAAAAUCCGUCCCACCUUGGAAAUGGUAGGAUUCCUCACAAUAUCUCUGCCACCCGUGCCAUAUACAUUUCACGUACCUGGGUAGAUUCCCCCAAGGUGUUCUUGCAGGUCCUGGUUGUUCAUACCGUAAUAGGCCCCAGUUUGAGGUAGCCACACUCAUGUUGUCUGUGGAUUCUUUGCCAAAGGUAUCUCCAGUGCCUUUAAAAAAACUUUUAUAACUGUUUACACAAUGAAAUUGCUGCCUUUAUCACAUUCCUGCGGCUGACAGUUGGACACUCAAGCCCUGCCUUAGCUUGUUACGGAGCUCCAUGAAAAUGGAAGCAGAGGAUAUUUUUGUAUCAAUAUUCACUCUUUUUUUUUUUAAAGGUGUUUUCCGAUGCCAAGAGCAUGGUCAAGGACGUGGGAUCUUGGCAUGGUGAUGAAUGACUUCUGUUUUUGAUUCUAGUCCCUCUUUUUUUAAAAAAUGAAAUGUUUCUAAAAAUGAUCGUCAGUAAAUAAAAUGGAUGGGACAGUGGGCAGGAAAAGACAACUGGGUCUUUCCCCCCUCUUCCCUCUUAUCAUUUGACAAA